AUGUUAUCUGACGCAAAAAUUUUAGARCAUUUAGAUGAGAUUAUACUUGAUUAUGAUUCAGACGACGAUUUCAUCAAUGAAAUUGAGGAAUUUGAUGAAAAAAACUACGAAGAGUUGAUAGAGACUGAAUCARAUAAUUGUCAAAAUAAUACAGUACAUUUUACACCAUGUACUACAGCAUCUUCUACACAGCAAAGAAUUCUUCYUUCAAAACAACGUAGACCAGUAUCAAAAGAACAAAUAAAUCCGAAAUGGAAAAAGCGUGGAGUUGGAAUUCAAAAAGCAGAAUUCGAGCUAUCAGAAGAAUCAACUGUGUUAGACUUUUUUGAAGCUUUUGUGUCACCCAAUUUAUUGGGAAAAAUAAGUUUUGAAACUAACCAGUAUUGCCACAAAUAUAAUAUUCAAACACCAUAUUCCAGAGUUACUCRUUGGACAGACAMCCAAUUUGAAGAACUAUAUGUGUUUUUGGCUUUGACCAUGCUAAUGGCACGGAAUAAAAAAUUAGAGAUAUCUGAUUAWUGGUCCACUGAUCCACUUCUACAUCAACCCAUUUUUGGUCAGCAUAUGAGUCGUGACCGUUAUUUGUUGUUACUUAGAAUGCUCCACUUUAGCAACAACGAUGAGCAAAUACCUGGGGAUCGGCUUUCUAAGAUUCGAAUGCCAUUACAAGAAAUAACUAAAMAUUUUAAAGAUGCCAUGAUACCAUUUGAAAAUCUAGCAAUAGAUGAAAGUCUUGUUCUGUGGAAGGGUCGUCUUUCAUUUAAACAAUUUAUUAAAACAAAGCGACACAGAUUUGGAAUAAAAAUCUUUGUUAUUUGUGAUGUAGAAACUGAUUUCAUUCUAGAUAUUCUAAUAUAUACUGGAAGCACAACAGAAUAUAAAAAAACAGACCCAAGCCUCGGUAUAUCCGGAGCUGUGGUAAAUACAUCGAUAAAGCCAUACUUGAAAAAAGGUCACGAGCUAUUCAUUGAUAAUUGGUAUACUUCACCUUCGUUAGCCAUGUUUCUUUACAAAAAAAAAACAAAUGUCACUGGAACUGUUAGAAAAAAUCGUAAAGGAAUGCCUAAACUAACAUCAAAACUUGAAGUUGGUCAAACAGAAAGUCAACACACAACAACUAUGCUAGCUACAAGGUGGAAAGAUAGAAGAGAUGUUUACAUGUUGACAACACAAUUUGAAAAUAAAAUGAUUACUAUUGGUAAAAAAGAUCAUCAUGGAAACCAAGACGCUCGAAUAUGUGGUUUAACCAAAUUAAAUCGUUUUAAUAAAUAA